AGAGAGAAACUAGGUCAGCUGGAACAAAGGUAAAGGGCCAGAGGAUCCGCUCAGACACCUUGAACACUGACGAAAAAGCUCCGCAGAUUCCCUCUUGCAAUCCGACAAUGGCGUUCGCCACUCGCCUGCUCACCAGAUCCACUCGCCAGGUGUACUCUGGGCAAAGUGUUAUGCGGCCGGAGUGUGUUGUUGCAGCUCGGUCCUUCGCCAAGGGAGCUGGAACUGCUCCCCCUGCUUUGAAGGGUGAUGAAUUGCUGAAGGGCAUUUUUCUUGAGGUGAAAAAUAAAUUUGAGACAGCCAUAGGAGUCAUUCGGAAAGAGAAGAUCACCAUUGAUCCUGAUAACCCUGCUGCUGUGGCUGAAUAUGCCAAAGUCAUGAAGACUGCUCGAGAAAAGGCUAAUCUUUUCUCGGAGUCGGAGAGGAUCAAGUACACUAUUGAAUCUCGAACCCAAGAUAUACCUGAUGCUAGAUCCUAUUUGCUGGCCUUGAAGGACAUUAGGGUCAAGAGAGGCCUUGUUGAUGAACUAGGUGCAGAGGCUAUGAUGAUGGAUGCACUGGACAAAGUGGAAAAGGAAUUGAAAAAGCCACUUUUGAGAAAUGAUAAAAAGGGAAUGGCCCUCCUUAAGGCAGAGUUCGACAAAGUCAACCAAAAGCUUGGCAUUCGUAGAGAAGAUCUGCCAAAAUAUGAGGAGCAAUUGGAACUUAAAAUUGCAAAAGCCCAACUGGAGGAGCUGAAGAAGGGUGCUGUUGAAGCCAUGGAAACUCAGAAAAAACGGGAUGAGUUCAAGGAUGAAGAACUGCCUGAUGUGAAGUCAUUAGACAUCCGUAACUUCAUCUAA